AUUUCUUGUUUAUAAUUACAUAUCCAUUAAGUAAUUAAGGCCUUCCUUUGAUACUUCCCAUUGAAUGGGAUGAAUAUGACCUCCUAACUAAAACCCAGACAAUGAAAAAUGCACUAAUUGAAGACUAUCCCAUGAAAAUUAGGGCAAAACACCAUUUGGGUCUGGUUUUUUCUCUGGCCUCCAACAAGAAGCGCAGGUCAUUAUUGGAGCCCCCGUAUUAUAUAAGGAAAUUUGCAGCUUUACAACUACCUCAAUUACUGGAAAACAAGGUAAGAAAGGAAGCAAGAAUAGAAAACUUCAAAUUUUGCAUUUAUUUUGGCAACAGUACUGUGAUCCGCAAGAAAAGUGUUAAUGAGAGAAUCAUGUCACUACCUUGGAAGUAAAGGCAGAUUCCUCCCUCUUAUCUCUCCACAACUUGCUGUGGCUUUGUAUAUAUGUGUGCUUGUGUUCAAGGAAAAAACUUUUGGGGUGUUGCUGUUUGGUAGAAGUAGAACAGCAUGGAUACCCUUGGGAAAAAGUUUGGAUUCAAAGGAAUUUUCUGGGUUGCCAUUCUUGUGUUUUUCACCGUAAAUUUGAGCUACAAUGUUUUGGUUGUCAACGGAGAUGAAAUUAUGGAGCCAGUGGUGGGGAAAUUAGACAAUCCAUUGGCAUAUUCUAUCAUAAACCAUGGGAUAUAUGAAGAGGGUGAAAUGGAAGACGAGGCAUGGACCAUGGUACAGACUAAAGGGACCCAAUUCGUGGUUAAUGGGCAACCUUUUUAUGUUAAUGGAUUCAACACUUACUGGUUGAUGGAAUUUGCUGUGGAUCAGUCGACUAGAGGAAAGGUCAAUGAGGUGUUUCAACAGGCCUCUUCCGUUGGCCUAACAGUCUGUCGUACUUGGGCUUUCAAUGAUGGCCAGGGGCAAGCUCUUCAAAAAUCACCAUCUGUCUAUGAUGAAGAAGUUUUCAAGACCGUGUUUAAUAGGGUGAAUACACUCACCAACAUUACUUACAAGGAUGACCCCACAAUUUUCUCCUGGGAACUAAUGAAUGAGCCAAGGUGUGAUGCAGAUCCUUCCGGGGAUAAAAUCCAGGCGUGGAUUGAAGAAAUGGCAGUCUACGCAAAAAGCAUCGAUCCAAAGCAUUUACUUGAGAUUGGAUUGGAAGGAUUUUAUGGUCCCUCAACACCUAACAGGGUUCAAUAUAACCCAAGUAAAUAUGCUCAACUUAUUGGAACUGACUUUAUCAGGAACCAUCAGGUUCUUGGUGUUGAUUUUGCUUCAGCUCACAUUUAUGCAGAUGCUUGGAUUUCGCACACGAUUUCCGACUCUCAUAUCCCAUUUGUCAAGUCAUGGAUGCAAGCCCACAUAGAGGAUGCCGAAAACGCCCUUAACAUCCCAGUUGUGUUUGGUGAGUUUGGUGUGUCUGCAAAAGACCGCGGCUACAAUUCAUCGUUUCGGGACGCCUUCAUCGGUGCGGUGUACGACACCCUCAUAAACUCCACCAAGAAGGGAGGGAGUGGCGGCGGAAGCCUCCUGUGGCAGCUAUUUCCAGAGGGGACAGAUUCCAUGGACGAUGGGUACGCGAUCGUCCUUUCAAAGUCCCCUUCAACUUCAAACAUCAUAUCUCUUCAGUCCACAAGGCUCGAGACCUUUAACUCCCUGUGUUCCUGGAAAUGCCAUUGGGAUUGCAAGAAGAAGCAUCCAUCGGAGACAGUUCUCUUCCAUGACGAGCUUUAAGCUGUUAAUAAAUCAACAUAGAAAGAAACCUACGAUAGAAUGAAGGAAUAGAAGUUGUUUUUGGUUAAAUGGUGCUCUGCUUUAAUAUUGAUACUGCUAUUGGAUGCAUAUUUUAUCAGUCAUUACUCAAUUGAAAUGGCAGUUUACGAUGA